GAUGGCGUCCCUGCAGCCCGAGUGCUGCUGUGGUUCUUCAGCCGUUUGACUCCGAGCCGAGUGGGGGGGGCGCCUCCUCGUCUGGCCGCCGGAUGCUCACGGACAUGGCGCCGCGCCGCUUCCGCCCGCUUUCCUGAUCCCGGCAUCGAACCCGCGGCUUCAUGUCCGCAGGAGCCGGAGCCGCCUGGUCGCAGAGGGGGGGCUGCGGGGAUUCGCACCGCCGAGAACCAGGGAAACACAAACACAGGAGAUGCGAGCGGCCCCUUAGCUCUCAGCCAUCACAGCCUGGGAUCGUUCGCCCGGGCUCUAAAAGGUGAUUGACGCACAGCAAAGGGACUUUGUUCGGAUCUACUGGACACAAGGGGCACUGUCCUCUGAUUGGCUCGGACAACCCCCACUGACAUGCCCGUGGCCAAUCAGAGGUGUGUUAUGUCGGGGGCGGAUGUGGAGGUGUACCUGUCCCAGGUGCAUGAUGGGAGCGUGUCGUCCGGCUUCCGGGCGCUGUACGAGGAGCGUUUGCUGCUGGACGUCACGCUGCUGAUAGAGGAGCAUCACUUCCAGGCCCACAAGGCGCUGCUGGCCACACAGAGCGACUAUUUCCGGGUGAUGUUCACAGCAGACAUGAGGGAGAGGGACCAGGACAAGAUCCACAUGAAGGGGCUGACGGCCGCGGGGUUCGGCCACAUCCUCCGGUUCAUGUACUACGGCUCGCUGGAGCUCAGCAUGCCCACGGUCCAAGAAAUCCUGCAGGCGGCCAUGUACGUCCAGCUGACGGAGGCGGUGGAGUUCUGCUGCUCCUUCCUGUUGGCCAAGAUCUGUCUGGAGAACUGUGCCGAGGUCAUGCGGCUUCUGGAGGACUUCAGCGUCGGCGUGGAGGGCGUCCAGGAGCAGCUCGACAACUUCCUACUCGACAACUUUGUCCCCCUCAUGAGCCGACCCGACUUCCUGUCCUACCUCAGCCUCGAGAGACUGCAGGCGUACCUGAACAGCGACGCCCUGAGCCGCUUCCCAGAGAUCGAGCUGUACGAAGCGGUUCAGUCGUGGCUGCGGCACGACCGGCGGCGCUGGAGGCACACGGACACCAUCGUGCAGUCCAUCCGCUUCUGUCUCAUGACGCCUGCCAACAUCUUCGAGAAGGUGAAGACGUCAGAGUUUUACCGUUACUCCCGCCAGCUGAGGCAGGAGGUGGACCAGGCGCUCAGCUACUUCCAUGAUGUCAACCAGCAGCCUCUGGUGGAGACGCGCUCCAACCGCAUCCGCUCCGUCCGCCCGCAGACCGCCGUCUUCAGGGGGAUGAUCGGCCACAGUAUGGUCAACAGCAAGAUUCUGCUGCUGCAACGCCCGAAGGUGUGGUGGGAGCUGGAGGGACCUCAGGUGCCGCUACGACCCGACUGCCUGGCCAUCGUCAACAACUUUGCCUUCCUGCUGGGCGGAGAGGAGUUGGGACCCGACGGAGAGUUUCACGCUUCCUCCAAAGUCUAUCGCUACGACCCCCGACAGAACUCCUGGCUCCGCAUGGCGGACAUGUCUGUGCCCCGGUCAGAGUUUGCCGUCGGCGUCAUUGGAAAGUUUAUUUACGCUGUGGCGGGCCGCACACGAGACGAGACCUUCUACUCCACCGAGCGCUAUGACAUCACAGAGGACCGCUGGGAGUUCGUGGACCCGUACCCUGUCAACAAGUACGGCCACGAGGGGACGGUUCUGAGCGGGAAACUGUACAUCACUGGAGGAAUCACCUCCUCCUCCACCUCCAAACAGGUGUGUGUGUUCGAUCCAGGGCGGGAAGCAGGAGGUGGUGGUGGAGGUGGUGGUGGAGGAGGUGGUGGAGGAGGUGGUGGAGGAGGAGGUGGUGGAGGAGGAGGAGGCAGCUCGGGGGGCUCGGACGCACACAGGACACGCACUGGCCGAGGCCCGGUGCUGCCCGGCGCUCAGGCCAGCUGCUGGGAGAACAAAUCCAAAAUGAACUACGCCCGUUGCUUCCACAAGAUGAUCUCUCACAACGGGAAGCUGUACGUGUUCGGGGGGGUGUGCGUGAUCCUGCGGGCUUCCUUCGAGUCGCAGGGCUGCCCGUCCACCGAGGUGUACGACCCCGACACCGACGAGUGGACCAUCCUGGCCUCCAUGCCCAUCGGGCGCAGCGGCCACGGCGUGGCGGUGCUGGACAGGCAGAUCAUGGUCCUCGGGGGCCUGUGCUACAACGGCCACUACAGUGACUCCAUCCUCACCUUCGACCCUGACGAGAACAAGUGGAAGGAGGAUGAGUAUCCCAGGAUGCCUUGCAAACUGGACGGGCUGCAGGUGUGCAGUCUGCAUUUCCCAGAGUACGUGCUGGAGCACGUCCGGCGCUGCAGCUGAGGGCUGCUCCACAACAAGCCUCCUUUUAUAGAAACCAGAUGCACUGAUCGGGACUGCAGCCUCCUGCUGGGAGCUCGGGGGUUUACAGGCGGGAGACUCCACCCACGUGCAGGCUUUUCAAACCUGAGAUCAGCACUUACCCGGGGUAAGGAAGAGGCUGAGUCCUCUUCACGAAGGCAGCUGACGCUUGGCGUGGUGAGACGCCACAACAGUCAGCUGGAACAUUUUCAGAAUUAGCUUUCUCAGAAAAUUAAGGAAAACUAAUCGUGUGGAGAAAAAAAAUGUUUCAUUCUGCUGGUUUCUGUUUGGACUGUGGUCGGUUUCCUGUUCUACUGCUCACCCCCCCGGUGUCGUGUCCGGCUCACUGCAGAACGCACUGGAAGCGUCAGAAUCACUCAACGAGCAAACGCAAGUUUUCAUUUGAGUUUAUCGGCCAAACAAACCUGCUUCCAUCAACCGAUUCAAACUCAGACACACAUCCUGUAUAUCUUUAAUCAAUUUAGUCGCUAGUUAGCGAAAGCAAAGCACUGACCGCGGCUAUUUCUAUCAAACAAUGUUGAAAUAAUAUAUACAACACUAUACAAUGAGGUAUAUAACCUAACUACAACACUAUAUACUGUAGUGUAGUUCAUCUUAGAGCCUGUUUCCAGAUAUAUGAAGCAGACUGUUGACUGCUUUGCCUCCAGCUGUUCAGGUCAAUUCAGGUUUCGCUUCCAGUGCGUUCCAGCUUCUCAGCCCGAACUCUGCUCGUUACUUCCAGAUAUCCACGAUACUGUGCUCAUGUUCACACGUCUUUUCGCGCCACCUCUCCUUCCUCUGUCUCGUCGUUUUCAGAGCAUCUGUGUGUGGAUGAGCGAGUGAGCUGAACAAACCCAAAGCCACGAGGUACACGAGGCCUCCUUCUCCACUGGAAGGGGCUCGUCUACCUGCUUCGAAGAGAUGGAACUCCGUCUCAGAGCGGUCCGCUAUCCGUCGAAUCACCGGCAGAGCUUUACUUCCGGUCAUCUACAUUCCCUGCACUCACCCGGGUGGUUCUCUGUGUGUCACUGCACAGAGAACCCGAGUGUCUCAGGACGCUGGAGACGUUUAGCAGCGUCUGAAAUUAACCUUCUGGCUGACGCGUCUUUUCGGGAACUGAAAGUGUGUCCAUCUUAAAACAUGCAGCUAGGUCAAAUAUUUGACUUCAGGCCUCAUGGAAGAACAUUUUGAUGAUCAUGAACUAGUUUGAAACCUAAAGAUUCAAAUUUUCUGAUGACAUGACAAAGAAUAGCAAAGUCUUGAAGUAGGUGACGUUACUCUGUGGAUGAUACUGGAGGUGAAUCUGCAUUUCCAACAGUUUAAUUUCCUUUUAGCUGUGGAGAAACUGUCUGUUCAGAAAAUCCUCUUCAGAACAAAGUAAGAACAAACGAGUCAUUCAUUUACCUGGAGACGUGGUCGAUACGUUUCAAGCUCUGUGGGUUUGAAUUCAACAGCCACCACAACUCCCACCGUUAGUGACAUUUCAGAGCAAAAUCCCCUCCAGCGGUUUCAGAUGAUCUUUUCCCACCGUUUGGCCGUCAGCUGUUAAUUUCAGACUCUGAAAUAAAGCCUUCAGUUCAAGUCGCAUCAGAUGCAAAGAUCGUGUCGUCAGAGCUUCACAUCCUCGCAGUGCGGCGCUUUGAUCUCCUGCUCCACGAGCUCCUCCACGCCUCGGACCUGGGCCUUUUCUGGAUAUUUAUUUUUAUUUUCAUGAGCCAACUGUGAAAAGGGCUAGAGCACAUGCUGAUGCAGCUCCGUCUGUCAGCCGCCUGUUAUUUAUUUUCUAAGGUAUUGCUUUUCACCGAGCUAUGCAGUAACAGUAGUAGGUUUAUUUAUUAUUAUGAGAAUUUCAUUGUGAAUGGUGUUGUUUUCAAAUCGUACCUCGUGCUCUCUCCUGGUUCCCUCGUCGGUCUGGGGCUGACGAGCGGAAGCUGUGAGAGACGUCUUUCCUCCUUCGUGAACUGACCGGAUCAGAAAUGUUCAGAAACUUCAUUAGGACACUACCGACUUCAGCAACUUUACCUUUUUACUGUAUGCAAAAAGUUCCUUUCACAGGUUUCCAUCACCUGUGAAAGUUUCUUCCAGAUAUCCACGAUACAUGUUUUAAAGGGAUCAGACUUCAGUGUCCUCCUGCUAUGAAAACACUCAUCUAUAAAUUCCUGAAUCUUUGUUCACACACAAACCUCGAGUCCUGAGCCGCUGCUGCUUUCCAGUGUUGAUGCGACGCUGCCUGGGUUCCGCCUCCUUUCCCCGGUGACGCCUCCUCAGCGGCGUUGACACACGUCACUUCUCAUGUUUACGUUUUGGUGACUUGGGGGGGAAAAUACUUGAAAGGAAAAAAAGGUUUUGAGAAAUUCAGUUAACACAAUGUGGCUGCAGAUAAGGAUUUCAUUGUUGAAUCUAGAACUAGAAUCACUGCACUCGUUUGUCCACAUUUGGACAAACUGAUCAAACUGUGAAGGAAGUUGAACCUGAGGUCAUGUCUAAGAGGCGGGACAAGUUUUGUGAGGUCACCGUGACUUUGUCCUUUGACCUCCCAUAUUCCAAUCAGUUCUAAGGGGACGUUUAAAGGACAUUUGAAGAGAUUCCCUGAAAACAUUUGUGAGACGCCAUGUUCCCAAUAAUGGGACAGAGAGACAGACAACCUGUCCCUCUGGCGUUGAGACAUUUCCUCGAGCCAAUGAGUCAAAUGUUGAGGUGAACAAAAUCUAAAUAUGUAAUUUACAAAAGCAGCGAAUCCUCACAUUUGACAUUUUAGAUCCAGCUGAUUUUAUUUAUUACUUGAAACUAUUGGAUGAAACGUUCUCAGCGUUGCGUCCUCUGAACUGCACUAACUUGUCCUAUUGGAAUUUUUUUUUCCAUUUUAACUUGAUCAGCUGGUAAAAUAUCAAAGUAAAAGGGAAAUGACAGAUAUUUGACAAUGUACUACAUUUUCCACAACUUUCAAACAUUUCAACACUUUAAAAUCCAGUGUCUCAAGUUGUUCUUCCCUCUUUUCACGUGUUAUUUUCCCCUCCUUGCACUUUGUUUUAACUUUUUUUUAACCUUUAGAAUAACUACAGGGGGAAUCACACGUUGAACGAACCCGAGCUCACACUGUCAGCGGCAGGUCUGGUUUAGGAAAUGAGCCUUUUAAAACGCCACGGCCUGUUUUCUCAUGUGUCACUGUAUCUGCUGCCAUUACCAUGAGCAUCACAACCCUCUCCUCCUCCUCCUCCUCCUCCUCCUCCUCCUCAUCAUCGUCGCUGUGUGAAGAAGAAACAUGUAACCGUCACAGUUCUGCUGUCCUGAGUUGAGGCACAUUCAGUCUUUAGUUCACCAGUCUUCAGUCCGUCAGUAGGAAAACAGAAUAGAGGAAUUAAAAAUACACAUACCUUGCUACAACGACUGUAUCCGAAAAAGAAAGUAAAAUCAGAUUAACAUAUCUUAUAAUCUGAGUAGAAACUCUUUGGAAACGAUUUGUAACUUUCCAGAAAUAAAUGUUCAUAUUGGUCAACUUUCA